CUCAGCAUCCACUUGUUGUCUCCCCUCUCUCAGAUGGCUGGAUGUAGGCUGACAUGCUUUGGGUUGCUCCUCCUUGUCCUUCUUCUGGUGUGCUCGAACUUUGAUGGCUGUGAGGGGAGGAAAGGAAAACAUUGGAGUCUGAAGAAGCCUUCUUAUUCCUCCUUGGCCAGAAAGAAGGGAAGAGGAAAGCAUGGUGGUGGCCACAGCCAUGGCGGUGGAGGAGGAGGUCACCAGAGUCCCGCUCCGAGCCCCAAGCCAAGCCCGCCGCCGAAAACAGGGUAUACGACGAAGGCAGCAGCCACGUUCGACGUGCUUGAUUUCGGAGCCAAGGGAGACGGUGUCACAGAUGACACAAAGGCUUUCCAGGCUGCAUGGGCUGCCGCUUGCAAGGUGGGAGGAUCAACUAUGGUUGUUCCUGAAGAAUAUGAGUUCCUUGUAGGGCCCAUCUCCUUCUCUGGACCUUAUUGUCAACCCAACAUAGUUUUCCAGCUGGAUGGGAUGAUUAUUGCUCCAACUGAUGCCAGAUACUGGGGAUCUGGGCUACUGUGGUGGAUUGAAUUCACAAAGCUUAGAGGAAUAACAAUUCAAGGCAGUGGAGUAAUUGAAGGGCGAGGCAGUGUCUGGUGGACAAAUGGCGAGUCUGAUGUUGAUCCGAUAAAUGAGGAGCUCAGUAAAAAUCUGCCGCAGAUCAAGCCAACUGCUUUGAGGUUCUAUGGGAGUUACAAUGUGACAGUAACUGGCAUCACAAUCCAGAAUAGUCAACAGUGCCACCUCAAGUUUGAUAAUUGUGAAGCUGUCCAGGUCUUCAAUAUGACAAUUGCUUCACCAGGCAGCAGCCUCAACACAGAUGGAAUACAUCUUCAAAAUUCUCGAGAUGUUAUGAUACAUCAUACCAACAUGAGCUGCGGUGAUGACUGCAUCUCCAUCCAAACAGGGUGCUCAAACAUUAACAUACACAGAGUAGACUGUGGGCCCGGCCAUGGAAUCAGCAUAGGAGGCCUUGGAAGAGACAACACCAAAGCAUGUGUUUCUAACAUAACAGUAAGGGAUGUCAAUAUGCACAACACCAUGACCGGUGUCAGAAUCAAGACCUGGCAGGGUGGAUCAGGCUCUGUCCAGAACAUAAUUUUCUCAAACAUAGGAGUAUCAGAGGUUCAAACUCCAAUUGUCAUAGACCAAUUUUACUGUGACAGAAGCUCAUGCAAGAACCAGACAUCAGCAGUGACACUGUCAGGCAUUGCAUAUGAGAAUAUCAGAGGUACCUACACAGUUAAACCAGUGCACUUUGCUUGCAGCGAUGCCUCUCCAUGUUCAGACAUCAGCCUAACCAAGAUUCAGCUUGAACCACUACAAGAGCAUUAUCACAUGUAUCAACCAUUCUGCUGGCAGGCCUUUGGUGAACUGUACACCCCAACUGUUCCUCCAAUUGUCUGCUUGCAGAAUGGAAAACCAACAAGCAACCACAUCUUGUCUGACCGUGACUUAUGCUGAUACCACCAUGGUCAAGAAUUACUGGUGCACAUACAUGUGUGGUCGUUUAAUACUUGUGACCCCUUCGCACCAUUACAAGUAAAUAUCUAUAUUGUCCAGUUAGCAUAUUAUUACAAGAGUUUAUAUUAAUUUCCUAAUGAAGGGAUUAUACAUA